GUGUUUUUAUUUAGUGCCAAUGCUAUGUAUGGAGUGUAUUUUCAUGAAUUGUAUAAACAGUCAUAAUGAAUGUAUCAAAACGUACUGCCAUGACAAACGAAGAAGUUUUUAUUUUACUAGACUUAGUAGAAGCUAAUCCAAUAAUUACUAGCAAAAGCAUUACCGCAUCAACCAACAAGCUCAAAGAAGAAGCUUGGACCAACUUAACCAAAUCAUUUAAUGCAUCAAUUUCCAGUACUCCAAGAAGUACAGAUCAACUUCGAUUCAAAUGGGACAACUUGAAAAAAAUGGCACGUAAAAGAUCACCGGAUUUCAUGUUAAGUAACCUCAAGCUUGCUGGUGAUAAAAAGAAGUUAUCGACACAGGAUGAUAUUCUUAACCGUGUCACAUCUAUCUUGGUAACGACUUGUGAUGGUUUUACUGCGCAGUUUGGGGGUGACUCAGAACAGCAUGACCCAUUGAGGGGUAAUCUAGAGCAAUCUUUUGUAAGUUCUACGCCCACAUCAGAGCAACAGCUAGAUAUUAACGAGGAUCACACAUUCUCUUUCCCAGUGAUAGAGAAUGAUGUGGAAGCGGAAAGCUCAGAGCGGCGAACUUGUGAUGAAGACCAGAGUGCUAAGACGUUCGUAACUCAAAACUCGAGGGCGGUCGCUCAAGUGCCACGCCAGCAGCCGCUGUUGCUGAACACGUCUACAUUCGACGAUGGCACAGGUACAAAUGACUUACAAAUACCCUCCCUCUCCCCUCCUUUUAGAUUUUUUUCCUUGUAACACGUUCGAUUUUAUUAUUACUAUGUAUGCUUAAAAGAAUCAAUCACCCAAACUCCUUCCGUGGAUGUCGUAAGGGACGACUAUAUUAUAAGAAAUGCAUAAAAGGAUCUUAUAACUUCCGAUAGAUAGCGGUAUAAAAAUUUCCUUACCGCCAGACGUUAACUAUACGUGAAAGAGCCAUGCUUCUGCUAUAUUAUGGAUGGAACACGAAUGGGUUAACUCGACCGGGGUAGGACCACGCUCUCACAGGAUACCAGUGUAAAACAGUAGCUAAAUCCUGCUGUAUUCAGUAUGGUGAAUGUAAGAGAUCCGGAGGCCCUUUUUAAUAGGAUAGGGUUACAAACGAGCACACAGUCCCACUGAUAGUAAAUGGUUUCUCUGACACAUAGACAUCUACAUCUAUCCUCAAUAAAGAAUCAAAAUUCAAAUGCAUUGUCACCCGUGAAGACUAAGGUGGAAUGCCUCUUUUCCAGUAAAAAGAGUCUCAGGUUCUCUACAAUCACCAUACUAAACACAGCAGUGUUAAGUUGCUAUUUUAUGCUGGUAUUCUGCGAGAGCGUGGCCCUUCCACGGUCAAGCCGACCCAUUCAUGUUUCAACUUUACUACUAAUAUAGCUGUAGCGUGGCUCUACUACGUAUAGAUCGUUUUACUGGAAACGACGCAUUUCUAGCCGUCAGGGGUGACAACGCAUCUGCAUUUUGAUUCUUCAUUACGGAUAGACAAAGAUAUCUAUGGUUCACAGCAUUCACUAACCAUCAGGUGGACUGUGUGCGCGUUCGACACGCUUAUUCUGUAAAAAAAACUUGAAAUGAUAUACUGGCUCUAUGCCGCUAAGCUUGCAAGGAAUUAACUCCAUGGCAGAAAAGGAGUGUAAUAACCUACCUUUUAUGUUUAUAGUUGUAUACCAUUUUUCAUCAUAAAUUAAUAUUCAACUUUAAUAGUGAGAAUACGACACAAGAAGAAGCUUUUGGAGGAGGACAUCAUAGCGCGCACAGCCAGAAAUAACGCAAUAGCCGAAUACUACAUAGCCAAAAGGAAAAAGUUGGAACAAGAAAUCGAUUCUGCGCACAGUAUGGAGCAAGCAAAUUUAUUGAUAGAAAAUCAACGAUUGAAAUCGGAACUAGACAAACUUAAAAGUAGACUUGGCUCAUGAAUUAAUUGAUUUAAGAAAAACCAUUUUAUAUGGUGGCGUAAGGCUUUGGCCACGUAAUUAGCGACGUUCAAGCGAUGGAGGUUGCGGGGAGGCGCGAUGCGACAGCGACGUAAACAAAAGCAUAAUUUAAUAUAGCGACGCGCACGGAACGAACGAGAGCGGCGCGGAGCGAUCGAGUCAUGCAUGGGUAGAGUUGUUCAAAACGGUUAUAAAUCAAUAUUAUUUACAUUGAAGUCGGUUGUACAAAAUUGAGUCGCUGCAUAUUAAAUUAACCUCUUAUCUUAAAAAUUCUCUAUUUCAAUAUUAUUGAACCCACACAUAAUAUCCAGAUGCCUAUUAGUGACUCAGAUUCUUUAUAAAGUAGUCAUAUAUUAGAUUUAAAUAUAUUAUUAUUGAAAGAUAAUGUGAUAUUAGAUAUAUUUUUUUAAAUAAUAAGACUGACAUAUUUUUAAAUAUUACUUAAAACUACAAUAAACUUCGUUGUAAUAUUAAGCUAUUAUUAAAGAAAUAAAAAAGUGUAGGUAAGUAAAGUUGUUUUUUUUAUUUUCAUUAAUAUUAUUGAUUCAAGAAUAGUCAAUUGCGUUUUGGGUCCUAGAUUUAAAUACUGCCAAAGCUAAUAUUAGGAGUGGAACUAAUAGAAAGAGUGGGUAGUUUACUAAUAAGCGGUUAUACUCUCUCACUCGUACAAGCAACAUAAAGAACUGCAUAUACAACUAGCUUGGGUCAUUGAACGAGUCUCAAUUAUUGUCGUCGUUCUGUCCGUAGUGGCCUAAUACUUUUAGUACCUUCUUUGCUAGUACAUAACCAGCAAAGAAAGUUACUUGCCGUGAGGCCGGCAUAUGUAACAUCGUGAUGAGCUAUGUUGCUGCUGGCUUGCAUACAUCGUUUAUUUUAGUAUAUAUAUAUUGUAUUUACUUCUAAUGCGUUCUAUGAAUAUUUUAUAACGUAAAGUCUACUAAGUAGUGUUCAUUUAUUUAAAUAGUUAAGAGUACCUUUUAUCUAACACUAUCUGUUACGGCCUACGGCUGCUCCCUUAAAGGUCAAAUCCUCAGGGGCCCAUUCAGCUGAGUUUCGACGAGCAGACGUAGGUCGGGCCUCCUCCAGGCCAAAGUGGAAAAUGCAAAAAACCGUUAGCACCGCUGACAGACGACUCUGCGCUUGCGCGUCAGACCGGUAUUGCACCGAGCCGCGCGCCCUCUGACGUCGAUUCCGAAACCACCGUUCGAGCGUAAACACUAUCGACACCACAUUUGAUCUUAUAGCGUAAGCAUUACAAUCAAAUUGGAUAGUUGGAACGAACGAGAAUAUCUAUUUGUGUGGCCUAGUCUCCAGAGAAAGUAUUAUUUUUUAAUAAUGCUUAUUAAAAUCGCCUAUUAAAACUAAUUGCUAAAAAAAUAAUGCUUGCUUUAUGGCAGAUAAUUCACAAAUUCUACCCUUUCAGAAAAGGGAUGUCCACUCUUGAAAAAUAUUGUGCGAAAUGAAAAUAUUAGAUCUUUACCUAUGAAAUUGCCGUUUUUUAUGAAAUAAGUUAACGUAAUUUUUUUUUCUAUAUUAUUUCUAUUAAUUAAAGAAAUCACCCGCACAAUCGAUGCAUCUUUGCCAACGCAGUGGUAGUUUAUUGAAACCAACAAAUUCUUCAAAGUCAUUUUGUACUGUCGGCGGCCCGUGUUUUUUUAUUCUAUCGGGUAUUGUAUUUUUUUUUCCCACGAAAAAGUUAUUCAAUUUCUGGAAAAAGUAGAAGUCUGUAGUCGCAAGGUCUGGUGAGUGCAGCGGAUUACCAAAGCUGGUUGGAGAGGCGCCAGCUUCUCCAUCAUUGUUUUCAGUCCUUCACAAUACACAGCUGCAGCAAUGCUCUGGCCUUUUGGUAAGAAGCUGUGAUGAAUCACACUGGCACUAGACCACCAAACAGUGACCAUCACUUUUCUAGCGGUAAGUUUUCGUUUAGGGCAUUGUUUAGGUAGGCUGAACCAACUUGCUAAAUUGCUGUGCGCUUGCGAUUUUAAAACAGAAUCAAUUUUUCGUUGCAGGUAACAAUGCGGUUGAAAAUUUCCUUCGUUGUGUGCCUGUUGAAGCAGUAAAAGGCAUGCCUAGACGUUUACUUCGCGGUGGCGGUCAUUGAGUUCAUAGGGCACCCAUUUGUCAAGUUUUUUUACCUUGCCAAUAUCACACCAAAUGGACCAAUAUCGUUUGAUGCUAAUGUCGAAAGCUGCUCCUAAUUCAGCCAUAGAUCGAUCAUUGUCGACCAAAGUUUUCGGACGACCACGGGGCUAAUUUUUCAGAUUGAAAUUUCCAGAACGGAAGUGAGCAAAUCAAUAACAGGUGGUACGUUUGUAGUAUUUGCUCCGUAAACGUCGUUUAUGUUGUGUACCGCUUGUGUCGCGUUGCUACCAAGACGGUCAUAUCCAUAAUUAGUCGAUUUUUUAACGAAUCCAUGAUGACGAAAAAGAUUCAAAUGUUAUGAAAACAUACACUAAUCAAUAAAUAAAUUACUAAU